AUAUUAUCAAAUCAAAUGCCGAUGGAUCCACCGCCAGGCAGUCCACCAAGAGUUAUGGCAGUUAUGAUUCUUUGUUUUAUACAGGAUGCCGCUGACAGGCCUGAAUUCUCAGAUGUGUUGAGAAUCCUUUCACCACGAGAGAAUAUUGCCACACCGGCAGCAUGA